AUGGAGGCGGCAGGCGGCGGGCGCUGCUUCUGCUGCUGCUGCUGCUGCUACCGCUACCGCGGCCGCUGGGGCGGGCUGAGGGGCGGGCUCGGCUCCGCGUCUCCCGGCCGCAGGGGGACGGAGGGACGGAGGGAGGGAGGAGCGGGAAGAGGAGGCCUCCGGCACGGCCAAUCGGCGGCCAGGAGCAGGCGCAGGCGCAGGCCCCAACCCCAACGCGGCCGCCCACAACAGCACUCUUCGCCGGGGUGCACGCCGCCGCCGCCGCCGCCGCCGGGGGGCGCCCCGGAGCAGCCGGACCAAUCCGCGAACGGCUCUCUCCCACCCCCGCCGCCGGGGGGGCGUCCCAGAGCGGCCGGCCCUCUCCGGGAACGGCUCCUUCCCACCCCCGCCGCCCGGGGGCGCCCCCAAGCAGCCGGCCCUCGCCGGGACGGCUCCUUCCCACCCCCGCCGCAGGGGGGCGCCCCAGAGCAGUCGGCCCAAUCCGCGAACAGCUCCCUUCCACCCCCGCCGCCGGGGGGCGCCUCAGAGCAGCCGGCCCUCGCCGGGAGCGGCUCCCUCCCACCCCCGCCGUCGGGGGGCGCCCCAGAGCAGCUGGCGCGCGCCGGGAACGUCCCGCCCAGGGCCGCCAGCUGGGGGCGCCCCCGAGCAGCCGGCCCUCGCCGGGAGCGGCUCCUUCCCACCCCCUCCACUCGGGGGCGCCCCAGAACAGCCGGCCCAAUCCGCGAACAGUUCCUUCCCACCUCAGCCGCCAGGGGCGCCCCCGAGCAGCCGGCCCUCGCCGGGAGCGGCUCCUUCCCACCCUUCGCCGCCGGGGGGCGCCCCAGAGCAGCCGGCCCUCUCCGGGAGCGGCUCUCUCCCACCCCCGCCGUCGGGGGGCGCCCCAGAGCAGCAGGCGCGUGCCGGGAACGUCCCGCCCAGGGCCGCCACCGGGGGUCGCCCCCGAGCAGCCGGCCCUCGCCGGGAGCGGCUCCUUCCCACCCUUCUCCGCCGGGGGGCGCCCCAGAGCAGCCGGCCCAAUCCGCGAACAGCUCCCUCCCACCCUUGCUGCCCGGGGGCGCCCCCAAGCAGCCGGCCCUCGCCGGGACGGCUCCUUCCCACCCCCGCCGCAGGGGGGCGCCCCAGAGCAGUCGGCCCAAUCCGCGAACAGCUCCCUUCCACCCCCGCCGCCGGGGGGCGCCCCAGAGCAGCCGGCCCUCGCCGCGAGCGGCUCCCUCCCACCCCCGCCGUCGGGGGGCGCCCCAGAGCAGCAGGCGCGUGCCGGGAACGUCCCGCCCAGGGCCGCCAGCUGGGGGCGCCCCCGAGCAGCCGGCCCUCGCCGGGAGCGGCUCCUUCCCACCCCCUCCACAGGGGGGCGCCCCAGAGCAGCCGGCCCAAUCCGCGAACGGCUCCCUCCCACCCCCGACGCCGGGGGGCGCCCCAGAGCAGCCGGCCCUCGCCGGGAGCGGCUCCUUCCCACCUUUCGCCGCCGGGGGGCGCCCCAGAGCAGCCGGCCCACUCGGCGAACAGUUCCUUCCCACCCCAGCCGCCGGGAGGCGCCCCAGAGCAGCCGGCCCACUCGGGCCGCCGCCGGGGGGCGCCCCCGAGCAGCCGGCCCAAUCCGCGAACGGUUCCUUCCCCUCCCCGCCACCGGGGGGCGCCCCAGAGCAGCCGGCCCUCGCCGGGAGCGGCUCCUUCCCCCCUCCACCGCCGGGGGGCGCCCCAGAGCAGGCGAUCCUCGCCGGGAGCGGCUCCUUCCCCCCUCCACCGCCGGGGGGCGCCCCCGAGCAGCCGGUUCCUUCCCCUCUCCGCCGCCGGGGGGCGCCCCCGAGCAGCCGGCCCAAUCCACGAAGAGUUCCUUCCCCUCCCGCCACCGGGGGGCGCCCCAGAGCAGGCGAUCCUCGCCGGGAGCGGCUUCUUCCCCCCUCCACCGCCGGGGGGCGCCCCCGAGCAGCCGGUUCCUUCCCCUCCCCGCCACCGGGGGGCGCCCCAGAGCAGCCGGCCCUCGCCGGGAGCGGCUCCUUCCCCCCUCCACCGCCGGGGGGGCGCCCCAGAGCAGGCGAUCCUCGCCGGGAGCGGCUCCUUCCCCCCUCCACCGCCGGGGGGCGCCCCCGAGCAGCCGGUUCCUUCCCCUCUCCGCCGCCGGGGGGCGCCCCCGAGCAGCCGGCCCAAUCCACGGAGAGUUCCUUCCCCUCCCGCCACCGGGGGGCGCCCCAGAGCAGCAGCAUGCCGUGGGACAAGAGCCCCAGUUUGGGCGUCAAGUCGAUGUUCCACCAGGCCGAUGCCUAUUCCUCACAUACCCUGCCGUUGAGCCCUGCAUAA